AUGGAUGCUAAAGGAGUAGGUUGUGCCGACUGUGUUCACCUGGAUGUCCACCCCAAAGCCUGGCAGGAGGACCAUCAUCAGAAAAGCUGCAAGGUAGGCCUAUCUAGCUUAGCUUACCCCUAAACUAGGUAACUACUAGUUUAUUAUACAACUUGUCAGGUAGAAUCAUUAAUCAACUGUAUUGUAUUUUUCAGUGUUACAGUGAGGCUGCCCGUCAUGGAAAGGAUGCACCUGCUGAGGAGCCAGAUGAGCUAAGGUAGUUGUUUAUUAUUACAUGUGUAUCUUUUCUGUAAUUUUCAAUAGUUCAUAGCAGGUUUAUGUAACAUAACCUUGUAUCUGCAGUGACUCACUGGAUCAGGGCCCUCAAGCUGAGAACCUGGCUUGCCAAAUCAUAGUCAGGUAUAGACUUGCUAUCUGAACUUCAGUCACUUUAGUGUUUUUGUGAGUUUACAAUAUUUGGUUUAACCUCGGUCACUAGCUCCCAUUUACAAUCUUUCACAAUGAAUACAUUAGUUUCUGCCAGUCUACUCUACAUAUAGGCCAUGCAAGUUAAUUUUGAGUUAUUUUUCUGUAAGCGUUCUACUAACAGAAAAGGAAGAUGUAUUCAUUUGCAUGGCCUGUAUUUGGAAUAGAAGAUGUAGAGCUGAUAGUAUUCAUUUUAAGAGCAUGUAGUUGGGCUUGUUAAAAACAAUUUUCUUGCCUUCCUUUUCACCUUGCAGUUCUGGCGAAGAGGUGGAGGCAAGCGUACCACACCCUGACCAUGAUUACGUUCAGAAGCCUCUGCCUGCCUGCCAACGGUAGCAUCCCCUUGUGUAAAGCUUAUCUACUACAGUUAUUCAGGAAAUAUUUAUUUUUGAUUAUUAAAUUGUUUGUCUUGCGUCAACCCAGUUUUGGGCUUCUCAAUGUAUAUAUUCUCUCCAAGUGAUAGUUGUCGUUGCACAUCACAAAGAAGUCAUACCAUUUGGUUCCUGUGAUACCCAUUUGUCCCAUCAUUUGAUAGUGGUACUAGUGAUUCUGUUUUAAAAAGAAAGUACCAUCUGCAUUUGAAGUGAGAUAUGGACAACCCUCGUAGCUGUUCUGAUCUGGGCAUUUCAUUUCUAAGAGGCCAUGAGGAGGAGUCUCAGAUUGGUCAACCACCUCUCUGUCUGGGGAUGCACCUAAAUCGGGACAAUGGGGGUUAAUCACAAAGCCACGUGGUAAGACGUCUUUGCCAGAGAUUUCUGUGUAUAUUGCUGCAGCCACUGAUUCUAGCUCAAGCCCCCUUUUCAUUGCCUUGGUCUGCCCAUUUAUUUUACUCCUCUGUAGAUUUGUAGCAAGGCUGUCCAUGCCUGCUUGCCUUGAGCACACCCUUUUGAAAUUAGAUGAGGUAAUGCACUGAGAGCGCACACAAUGCCAGACUUUGUUACUUUGCUCUCUAGUUUCCCUCUCAAGGUGUUCUGCGUCAGACUGUUAUCUCCAUACCACCGUAAAGGUCCAUCUCAUCUUGAUUCAGAACAGGUGUAAAGCUACUGGCCUGUGGAGGCAGUGGAAAGGUGGGUUUAUCAUCAGUGGGGGUGGGCUCUGGCACAUUGAGAUUUUGAUAAGUCAAGACAGACCCAAAGGGCAGAUCCCCAUAUUGUGAGGGUACACUCUUUGGCUGAUGUGCUGGGGAGUUCAUGAGUGUGAGGAGUUGACGUGUUUCCAAUGUCAGAGAGGUUGUUCUUAAGGCUUUGUGCAGGGGGAGUGGUACUGGUCAGUAGAGGUUGCUUACUAUCCCCUCACCUGAGCGCACCUUCUUUACAGGGGGCAUGUCCUUUCUGGGUAUCUUUGAGAUCUCCACAGUAUUGAUGGGUUUAUAUCUCAAACCCAAGGCGCGUGAUGGGACGUGCCAGGUCUGGGGUAAAGAGGUUUUGCUCUCUGUGGGAGGGACAGUCUUGCAUCCCAUGUUGAUGUAGUGUGCUGAAGUGUACAGCAAACCAAUAAGGUGAUUAUACUGUCCUUGUCCAGCAUUGCAGUUGCACUGACUUUUCAAUGAAGAGACUCAGGUGAAAGGUCCACCUGAAAGCAUAGCAACAAAAAGGCAUUUCAAACAACAAAAGUAAUACUCACAUCAGGUGAGCCAAAGUAGACAUAGAACAACAUUUUCGCAGUUGGAAUUGAAAGAUAUUAUGGAUUUUUCAAGAGAGUUAAUGAUGACAGUAAUAAAACACCAAUGUAAAAAUGUAUUUGGGGUAGAUGUGUAUCUCCACACACUACUUUUAUAAGUAUUGACCAAAUAUAGGCUAUUGUAGUCUCUGCUUGAAAAUCCACUGUAAUAGUGUCUAGCAUAACUAACUUGCUGUGCGAAAAAAAACAAUCCCCACAAUCUAAAAUGGGAGCUCACUAUUGGAAAAUGUACUAUUGUUGGAAUCUAUUUUCUUAUAAUUAGAUGUGAUGCCUAGCUUAAAAAGAAUACAUUAAUGAUUAAACAUAAUAGGUUUGUGCUGUACUGAUAUAGAUUGUUUAACAUAACAAGCUGUGACUAAUGUGAGGAACCGUUAGGGGGGAGGCUGAGAUAGACUUGUGACACACACACACACACACACACACAUACUGCCUCUUUGUUAAACCGCUCAAGGACAUGUGUACUGCAACAAUGAAGAAGAGGAAACUAUGUCUGAGGUUGCUGACUCUCAAGACAGGUUGCAAAAACAACUAAUGCCCGGCAACAGUGAAGCGCCAAGGGGCUGGGACCAGCCUGUGCGCCAACGACAGGCUGAGUAAGUUUAAACUACGCUCAGCCUCUACUCUGACAGGCCCGCUUUGAACGGGAACUAUCUCUGUCAGAGUAUUAAAAUAAUAACUUUGGGUUGGGACAGUUAGUUCUCUGUUAGCCCUGUGAGGUGUUACAGUGAACCCGUAUAUACGAAGAUUGCAUUUACCAUUUAUUCGCUUGACUAAUUAUAUUAAUAAAAAAGCUGAGAAUAUAUUCAGUGACUUAGUGUUAAAUUCUGUUCUGAUACCAGAUUCGAAUGACGCAACUUAACACUAUUGAUAAUCAUUUUUGACACAUUGUUUGAGGUUUUUUGUUUCUCAGCAGUGGAAGGGGGGAUGUAAAAUUGAACAUGAGCAGAGGAAAGAAAAUGAAAGGAAAUAACUGAAUAAGGGGUUGUUUUUCUAAUUGCUGGAGCACAACCAUUCCAUUGAACAGUGACAUCCUGAAUAUAGACUCAUCAUAGGCUGCUAAUCAUAUAUAUCUCAGGAAAACCUUUACAAAGCCUGGUGGGGUUAAUAAAACACCUUAUGGUAUGCAAUGAUUGAAACACCUACUUACAGUGGCUUGCGAAAGUAUUCACCCCCCUUGGCAUUUUUCCUAUUUUGUUGCCUUACAACCUGGAAUUAAAAUGGAUUUUUUGGGGGGUUAUAUCAUUUGAUUUACACAACAUGCCUACCACUUUGAAGAUGCAAAAUAUUUUUGGGGGUGAAACAAACAAGAAAUAAGACAAAAAAACAGAACUUGAGCGUGCAUAACUAUUCACCCCCCCAAAGUCAAUACCUUGUAGAGCCACCUUUUGCAGCAAUUACAGCUGCAAGUCUCUUGGGGUAUGUCUCUAUAAGCUUGGCACAUCUAGCCACUGGGAUUUUUGCCCAUUCUUCAAGGCAAAACUGCUCCAGCUCCUUCAAGUUGGAUGGGUUCCGCUGGUGUACAGCAAUCUUUAAGUCAUACCACAGAUUCUCAAUUGGAUUGAGGUCUGGGCUUUGACUAGGCCAUUCCAAGACAUUUAAAUGUUUCCCCUUAAACCACUCGAGUGUUGCUUUAGCAAUAUGCUUAGGGUCAUUGUCCUGCUGGAAGGUGAACCUCUGUCCCAGUCUCAAACCUCUGGAGACUGAAACAGGUUUCCCUCAAGAAUGUCCCUAUAUUCAAUUCUGACCAGUUUCCCAGUCCCUGCCGAUGAAAAACAUCACCACAGCAUGAUGCUGCCACCACCAUGCUUCACUGUGGGGAUGGUGUUCUCGGGGUGAUGAGAGGUGUUGGGUUUGUGCCAGACAUAGCGUUUUCCUUGAUGGCCAAAAAGCUCAAUUUUAGCCUCAUCUGAUCAGAGUACCUUCUUCCAUAUGUUUGGGGAGUCUCCCACAUGCCUUUUGGCGAACACCAAACGUGUUUGCUUAUUUUUUUCUUUAAGCAAUGGCUUUUUUCUGGCCACUCUUCCGUAAAGCCCAGCUCUGGGGUGUUAAAGGAGUGGGUCGCAGUUCCGGAGCGACCCGCUAGGUGUCAUCCUCCGACAACCAUAGGCACCUCUUCACUCACAGUCGGGACUAAUUAUCUGCCUAUUGGUGUCACCUGUGGCUAUCUGAUUCACCUGUGUAUUUAUGCCCUCACUUCCCUGUGUUCCCUUGCUCAGUUGUCUCUGCUAGUUCCUUGAUGUCAAGCAGUACGUAUCAGUGUCGGAUCACGUGACGGAGUUACAGGUACUCGAGAAGUGUUCUCCCUGUGUCAUUGUGUUUUUCCAGUCAGAGUUAGUAUUUCGUAUUGUUUGUUGUCAGCCUGUUUUUUGGAGACCUAUGUGCUCCUCAUUUGUUUUUGUGUAUAGUCUGUUGUUUUGUAUCCUGGCUUUUGGACCACUAGUAAAGAUCCUUGUUUCACCAUCCUUGCCUACUGUCUAUCCUGAACCGUACCUGGGUCACACCUCACACCAACCCUUACACUGUGGAGUGGUCCUAUGGACAGAUACUCCAAUCUCCGCUGUGGAGCUUUGCAGGUCCUUCAGGGUUAUCUUUGGUCUCUUUUUUGCCUCUCUGAUUAAAGCCCUCCUUGCCUGGUCUGUGAGUUGGUGGGCGGCCCUCUCUUGGCAGGUUUGUUGUGGUGCCAUGUUCUUUCCAUUUUUAAAAUAAUGGAUUUAAUGGUGCUCCGUGGGAUGUUCCCACGGGGGGCCAGUAUGAAAAUGUAUGCUCUCACUAACUGUAAGUCGCUCUGGAUAAGAGCGUCUGCUAAAUGACUAAAAUGUUAAAUGUUAUGUUCAACGUUUCUGAUAUUUUGCUUAGUGGUGUUGCAGACUCUGGGGCCUUUCAGAACAGGUGUAUAUACUGAGAUCAUGUGACAAAUCAUGUGACACUUAGAUUGCACACAGGUGGACUUUAUUUAACUAAUUAUGUUACUUCUGAAGGUAAUUGGUUGCACCAGAUCUUAUUUAGGGGCCUCAUAGCAAAGGGGGUCAAUACAUAUGCACACACCACUUCAGUUAUUUAUUUUUUAGAAUUGUUUGAAACAAGUUAUUUUUUUCACUUCACCAAUUUGGACUAUUGUGUAUGUCCAUUAAAAAAUCAAAUCCAAAAAUACAUUUAAAUUAGGUUGUAAUGCAACAAAAUAGGAAAAACGCCAAGGGGGAUGAAUACCUUUGCAAGGCACUGUAUAAACCAUUUAUAAACAUUAUGUUAUGGAAUGGUAGUCUUCCAGAAUAGCCUGAACCCUGAACAAGCUCAGAAGAAUGUGAGCAACACUUAAGUAUUCCUACACUAUUAUCAGCUGGCUACCUGAACCACGCAAGGAGUCUCAUUCUCUCACACUACACCUUUCCGUGUCUAUCCUCCAGACUAAAUUGUGAAUGAUAAAGCAUUGUUAUUCAUUGGACAAGCUUAGCUACGUUACAAAAAAGCAUGACAACAUGGACAUGAAUCAAUAAUCGUUUGACAAGCUUAGCUAGCGAAUAAUCUAACCUUGUUAGUGAUACCUACAAUAGCUAGUUAAUGUUACAGAACAACCAAAACAAGGGCACAGUUCAAGCUAAACAACCCAUUAUGUGAGCUGCAAUUUAAAGAGAGAAUGUUUGAAUGAUGGAUAAGUAACACUUACAUUCAUAACACCUAACAUAUUAGCCAGCAACAUUGCUGAUGCCACCAGACAGACUGUGCUGGAUGCCUCUAACUUUAGGCAAGCAUUGCACAAUCGCAUAAUUACCUUCAACAUUGUGGAUAUAUCCUCGAUCCAAUUGCUGUAUCCUUUAGUCUGGACCAGUUUCAGAAUUCUGAGGUAUUCAUCAGCCCAUUUGUAGAUCGAUGUGACUGUAAUUGGUGGUAGUAUCUGCAGGUUGCUUGUCCAUUUGCCUGCCAUUGUUUUGAAUGAGAAGCUUCCUUAUUUUCCCACCCUAGCCUCGUUUUUUGUUGUCGACGUCAUUCAAUAUGGCCGCUAGCUGCAUAAAGCGAAUGGCGCUGCCAGUCCUUUCACAGACGUUAUAAAUGGCACAGAUUCAAAAUUGUAUUCUCUAUCUAUCUCUAUGCUGCUUAGACCUUCCCUGACUCAGGUCCACACUCCAGUCCAGUUGGUGGCGGUAAUGCACCUUAAAGUUGGUUGCCAACCGCCAUUUAAUAAAUCCACAGAAGAAGAAAAAUUAUCUCUACACUGCCGCCUCCGUGCUCCUACAGGGAGAUAUUGAAAGUGGUGUUGUGUACUGUAGUUUAUUUGUAGCAUGACGAAAGAUUGGUAGACUUUUAGCCAGCUGCAGCCACGUAAACGAGACAGUAAUAGAAUAGAAAUGUGAAUGUCCGUAAGCAUUAAUAGUGCAUUACCAGAGGACGAGAAUGAGUCGACGAAAUAAUGACUCGUUUUAUGAUAAUGGACCACCGAAUAUAUGCACUGCUGGUCAUGGAAGGUAGGCCAACUAACUAGCUACAUUGUCAUUCAUUGCUAAUCUCAUUGUUUACUGGCUUCGGACCGCAACUAGGAUGUUGAAGGGAUAUUGGGUACAUAUGUUGUUAACGUUAGCUAGUUAAUCAAAUAAUAUUUAAAAGCGAUGUAACGUUAGAUGAUGAUAAAGAUGCAGAUAGUUUUCUGUUUUUUCCCGUUGAAAAAGCAAAUAUGCCAGCAAUAAUAAUUCAUGCAAUAACGUUAACUGUUAGCUGCUUAGCUAGCUAGCGAGUUAUUAUUAUGAAUGGCCAGCUAGCUAACGUAAACUAUAAUGUGUUGUGUUUUAGAGUAUUCACUUGACUAAUAUAAUGUAUUUAUUCUAUUACAGCAUCACACCAACCCAGAGAAGUGGAGGUAGGUCUACUUAGCUAUGGUCCAAUAUUGGCAAUACCUGUCUGAUAUGGAUAGGAAACCUGAUUGCUUAAUGAUUAGCUACAUUCUGUUCUUGUUUAUAAUUUCAAUGAACAAAGCAUAUUUUAUUCCACACAGAAACAACCCAUGGUUAUACCCACCACACAAGACACUCGACUGUAAGACCAGCAUCUUACAACUCUCAGCAAACAAUCAACUCAGAAAAGUAAGAUAUUCAGUUUUGCUUUUGAUGUAUCCAUUCUAAAUGUAUCAAGCAGAGGAUUUCCUGCAAAAAUUUGAUUUAGACUUGUUUGGAACAUCGCUUGGUAUGUUAUAUGGCUAUUGAAGACAUGGCCUAGUCCUAGUGUAAGGCCUCCUUAAAAGUGGUACCAUAUACUGUAGAAAUGUGGAGACCUGAAAAUCCAGAAAUACUCUUGAUGUUUUCUCCAGGGCUGUGCUCUACGACCCGUAUGAUCCUGGCUCAUCAUCAGACUCCGAAGUGGAGCCUUCCAAAGGCAGGGAAGACCAUCACAGACACAGAGUCAUUGGACAGAGCUGCGGCCUGAGUACUGGAUAUCAAGGCUCCGCUUCAGUAGCUGGGCAUCAUGACGGCCUCAACUGGGACUUGUCAUACUCUCGUUCUGGUACCAGACAUGAGCAGUCGAGCCAUGGCUCCAGACAUGACCAGUCAAGCCAUGACCACUCAGCCCGGCCGUUGCCCACGACAGAAACGCCACUAUUCCCCCGCAAUGCAUAUGGGGGGCGGAGGGGAAAUGGGAGAGAAUUGUCCACAACCACAGUACCUGAUAAAGAGGUAAGAGGUUCAGAUGUUCCCUGCAGUCAGGUUAUUAUUUGGGGAAAAGGGUCAAAAGAUGUUGCUGAGGCUUGCGUCUGUGCAGCAUUUUGAUGUUUCUGUCCUCAGCAGACAAGAAGUCCACCUGGGUUUACCCAGUCCAACUGGAUUACCAACCCCAAUCAUCGCCAAUCAGAUUCUAGUGGAAGAGGUAGGAUUGCCAAGCAACUGUUAUUUUGAUAAUGGUCUGAGCGAGUUGUGAAGGGAUAGAGUGUGUGUGUGAUUGUUAGAUGUCCCUUUUAGUAGGGGACCAAAUCAAGUCUCCCCCAGAGGUAACAAAGAAGAGAAGUAGAAGCCCAAAUGAGGACUUAUCCAGGUAAAGAACAAACAUGAUUGGAGGAACCAUCAUUUGACUUAUCAUGUUUUUUGCAAGGACAUCCUUACUGCAAUGCACAAUAAUAUUGACACAGAUCUGACAGUCCCAUUCUAUUGUCUUUUCAGGGAUUUUUACACCUGUGAAAUGUGCAACUUGAAUUUCCAAAAAGCGGGCAUGCUUGGGAUGCAUCUGAAGUGCAAUAGUCACUGGGAGACCCUGGAGCACAUCCAGAAUCAAAACAACUACAACGACACAGCAAUCGCCUUUUUACAUGUACGUCAAGCAAAUGCAUUCUCUCUCAGAUGGAAUUAAAUGUCAGAUUAUCAAUCUGUAUGAAAAGCUCUUAUUGAUUUAGGGGAAUGUCUUUUUCUUUACAUUUCAGGAGGCAAUGUUAAUCAAAGUCCAGCGAGGUGAUAGACCACAGAUGAACAGACAAAGCCUUAGAGGUAGCUACAUUUGCAAACGCCUGUGUUAACGCUACUGACUAGUCACAUAUACUGUUCCCGACCAGAGACCGGGGUUCAAUCCCAGCGUCCAACCUCCUACUAUUCUCCCAUUUGCCUGUCUCUCCCUCUGUUUCUGUGAAAAUAAAGUGAUUUCUUUAUAUAUACAGUGCCUUCGGAAAGUAUUCAGACCCCUUGACUUUUUCCACAUUUUGUUACGUUACAGCCUUAUUCUAAAAUUGAUUAAAUCGUUUUUUUCCCCUCAUCAAUCUACACAUAAUACUCCAUAAUGACAAAGCAAAAACAGGUUUUUAGAAAUUUCUGCUAAUUUAUAAUAAAAAAAACCUGGAAAUAUAGUAUUUAGACCCUUUUCUCAGUACUUUGUUGAAGCACUUUUGGCAGCGAUUACAGCAUCAAGUCUUCUUGGGUAUGAUGCUACAAGCUUGGCACACCUGUAUUUGAGGAGUAACUUCCAUUCUUCUCUGUAGAUCCUCUCAAGCUCUGUCAGGUUGGAUGGGGAGUGUUGCUGCACAGCUAUUUUCAGGUCUCUCCAGAGAUGUUAGAUCGGGUUCAAGUCCGGGCUCUGGCUGGGCAAAUCAAGGACAUUCAGAGACUUGUCCCGAAGCCACUCCUGUGCUGUCUUGGCUGUGUGCUUAGGGUCGUUGUCCUGUUGGAAGGUGAACCUUUGCCCAAGUCUGAGGUCCUGAGCGCUCUGGAGCAGGUUUUCAUCAAGGAUCUUUCUGUACUUUGCUCCGUUCAUCGUUCCCUCGAUCCUGACUAGUCUCCCAGUCCCUGCCACUGAAAAACAUCCCCACAGCAUGAUGCUGCCACUACCAUGCUUCACCAUAGGGAUGGUGCCAGGUUUCCUCCAGACGUGACAAAGAGUUCAAUCUUGGUUUCAUCAGAACAAAGAAUCUUGUUUCUCAUGGUCUGAGAGUCUUUAGGUGCCUUUUGGCAAAUUCCAAGUGGGCUGUCAUGUGCCUUUUACAGAGGAGUGGCUUCCGUCUGGCCACUCUACCAUAAAGACCUGAUUGGUGGAGUGCUGCAGAGAUUGUUGUCCUUCUGGAAGGUUCUCCCAUCUCCACAGAGGAACUCUGGAGCUCUGUCAGAGUGACCAUUGGGUUCUUGGUCACCUCCCUGACCAAUGCCCUUCUCCCCCGAUUGCUCAGUUUGGCCAUGCGGCCAGCUCUAGGAAGAGUGUUGGUGGUUCCAAACUUCUUCCAUUUAAGAAUGAUGGAGGCCACUGUGUUCUUGUGGACCUUCAAUGCUGCAGCCUUUUUUUGGUACCCUUCCCCAGAUCUGUGCCUCGACACAAUCCUGUCUCAUAGCUCUACGGAAAAUUCCUUUCACUUCAUGGCUUGGUUUUUGCUCUGAUAUGCACUGUCAACUGUGGGGCCUUAUAUAGACAGGUGUGUGCCUUUCCAAAUCAUGUCCAAUCAAUUGAAUUUACCACAGGUGGACUCCAAUCAAGUUGUAGAAACAUCUCAAGAAUGAUCAAUGGAAACAGGAUGCACCUGAGCUCAAUUUCGAGUCUCAUAGCAAAUGGUCUGAAUACUUAUGUACAUUUGCAAACAUUCCUAAAAACCUGUUUUCACUUUGUCAUUAUGGGAUAUUGUUUGUAGAUGGCUGAGGACAUUUUUAUUUAAUCCAUUUUAGAAUAAGACUAACGUAACAAAAUGUGGGGAAAAAGGAAGGGGUCUGAAUACUUUCCGAAGGCACUGUGUGUGUGUGUGUGUGUGUGUGUGUGUGUGUGUGUGUGUGUGUGUAUACAGUGAGGGAAAAAGUAUUUGAUCCCCUGCUGAUUUUGUACGUUUGCCCACUGACAAAGACAUGAUCAGUCUAUAAUUUGGAUGGUAGGUUUAUUUGAACAGUGAGAGACAGAAUAACAACAAGAAAAUCCAGAAAAACGCAUGUCAAAAAUGUUAUUAAUUGAUUUGCAUUUUAAUGAGGGAAAUAAGUAUUUGACCCCUCUGCAAAACAUGAUUUAGUACUUGGUGGCAAAACCCUUGUUGGCAAUCACAGAGGUCAGACGUUUCUUGUAGUUGGCCACCAGGUUUGCACACAUCUCAGGAGGGAUUUUGUUCCACUCCUCUUUGCAGAUCUUCUCCAAGUCAUUAAGGUUUCGAGGCUGACGUUUGGCAACUCGAACCUUCAGCUCCCUCCACAGAUUUUCUAUGGGAUUAAGGUCUGGAGACUGGCUAGGCCACUCCAGGACCUUAAUGUGCUUCUUCUUGAGCCAUUCCUAUGUUGACUUGGCCGUGUGUUUUGGGUCAUUGUCAUGCUGGAAUACCCAUCCACGACCCAUUUUCAAUGCCCUGGCUGAGGGAAGGAGGUUCUCACCCAAGAUUUGACGGUACAUGGCCCCGUCCAUCGUCCCUUUGAUGCGGUGAAGUUGUCCUGUCCCCUUAGCAGAAAAACACCCCCAAAGCAUAAUGUUUCCACCUCCAUGUUUGGCGGUGUGGAUGGUGUUCUUGGGGUCAUAGGCAGCAUUCCUCCUCCUCCAAACACGCCGAGUUGAGUUGAUGCCAAAGAGCUCCAUUUUGGUCUCAUCUGACAACAACACUUUCACCCAGUUCUCCUCUGAAUAAUUCAGAUGUUCAUUGGCAAACUUCAGACGGCCCUGUAUAUGUGCUUUCUUGAGCAGGGGGACCUUGCGAGCGCUGCAGGAUUUCAGUCCUUCACGGCAUAGUGUGUUACCAAUUGUUUUCUUCGUGACUAUGGUCCCAGCUGCCUUGAGAUCAUUGACAAGAUCCUCCCGUGUAGUUCUGGGCUGAUUCCUCUCUGUUCUCAUGAUCAUUGCAACUCCACGAGGUGAGAUCUUGCAUGGAGCCCCAGGCCGAGGGAGAUUGACAGUUAUUUUGUGUUUCUUCCAUUUGCGAAUAAUCGCACCAACUGUUGUCACCUUCUCACCAAGCUGCUUGGCGAUGGUCUUGUAGCCCAUUCCAGCCUUGUGUAGGUCUACAAUCUUGUCCCUGACAUCCUUGGAGAGCUCUUUGGUCUUGGCCAUGGUGGAGAGUUUGGAAUCUGAUUGAUUGAUUGCUUCUGUGGACAGGUGUCUUUUAUACAGGUAACAAGCUGAGAUUAGGAGCACUCCCUUUAAGAGUGUGCUCAUAAUCUCAGCUCGUUACCUGUAUAAAAGACACCUGGGAGCCAGAAAUCUUUCUGAUUGAGAGGGGGUCAAAUACUUAUUUCCCUAAUUUAAAAUGCAAAUCAAUUUAUAACAUUUUGGAAAUGCGUUUUUCUGGAUUUUUUUGUUGUUAUUCUGUCUCUCACUGUUCAAAUAAACCUACCAUUAAAAUGAUAGACUGAUCAUUUCUUUGUCAGUGGGCAAACGUACAAAAUCAGCAGGGGAUCAAAUACUUUUUUCCCUCACUGUAUGUGUGUGUGUGUGUGUGUGUGUGUGUGUGUAUAUACCGUAUUUUCCGCACUAUAAGGCGCACCGGAGUAUAAGCCGCAGCAGCUAAAUUGAAUGAUAUUGAAUGAUGUGUACAUAUAUAAGCCGCACUGGACUAUAAGCCGCAGGUGUUUUAAUGUUUAAUUACCAUAUGUAAGGGUUCGUGCACAGAGGGGAUUGUCGGGAAAGAGACAAACUGUCUUGCUCUCGUUCUGUCUCUCGUACCACUCUCGGUUCCACUUUUACUUUUGCGCGCUACCUGUCUCACUCUUUUCCGGCCUCCAGCUUUUCCUGCUGGAGCCCGCCGCUUAAAGGUGGGGGGCGCGGACCGGUCAUAGAGCCCAUAGAGUUCAAGUUGGUGGACUGUAACCUGUAAAAUCCAUAGAUUUAGGAGGUCUUCUAGUGGCCGUUAGCUGUAAAAAUCCAUAGAUUAGCCGCACCGUUAUAUAAGCCGCAGGGUCGAAAAAUUUGAAAAAAGGCGCGGCUUAUAGUCAGAAAAUUACGGUAUAUAUAUAUAUAUAUAUAUAUAUAUAUAUAUAUUCUUAGGUGGCAAAAUGUAAUAUCUCACCAAUAUUUAGUUGUUGUUUUUUUUCUCUGAACUGAACCUAUCGAUUCUAAAUGCACUUGUAUGAGUUGAUGAACGUAUCACUGCCUAGUGUCUGCUAGCUUUCUGGUGUCAUUAAGCCUACACUUUACUAUUGAAUAGCCAGACUGGGACUGCCAAAUAGCCAGACAGCUAAAUGGUAAUUUAAUGGUACCCGAACUACCUGCACUGACUCUAUCUUGUACUGACCCUAUGCACACUCACUAGACUAUAAAUACAAACCAUAUACACACCAGUGACGGUUGGUGCCGUUUAAGAUGAGGGAGGACAAUAUAUUUUUUGGAUGAGCAUGGCCUUAUUUCUAUUACAGCAUAUUGGAUGACUGUCAUUCAUAUUCCAUUCACCCAGCUCAAUGUAACAUCGAUAGGUUUAGGCUACUACAUGAUACUCAAAUUUUCCCUAUACAUGAUGUUGCAACAACCUAGCCUAUGAAUGAAAGUUUACAAUGUAGGUGCACAGGUCGAGAGUAAUUUGAGUAAUCAAUGUGACAGACAUUGACACAUUCAAUACCACCUUGCAUACUCUUGCCUGCAUCUAGCUGAUCUAGGGUGUAGUCAUUAGUCCAACAGUUGCAAACGAGACUUUCUAUUUGACAAAUUCAGGUAUGUUUAUCCCCGUUCCGUUUGCUUCCGUUUUAAGAAACGUUUUUCAACAGAAUCAGCUGGAUAAAAAAAAUACACCCCUAAUCACACGCAAACAGUUUUAUAGCAGCCACAUAUAAACGGCAUGAUCCCUUUGAUCGUUGGAUAAUUACUUCUCACAUCUACUCGCUCUCGUCUCACCGUUUCCCUUCGCUUGUGGACUUCAGUGCAUGACCAUCAGCUGUCUGUGAUCAGGUGAAAACACCUUACCAAGCCAAACCCUCAUAUCAUAACUGCUAACCGCAGCCUACAUCGUUGUCAACAUAGCUACUAGAACUAACGCCUUAGUAAACCCGCCACAAUCAGCAAUAGAGUGUACAGUUAGCAAGCAGUUUAGCAGUUAUACCGGCAGGCCCCGGUGACAAUACAUUAAGAAAACCAAAAGCUUACCUUGACAUGGAAGAGUUCCAGUGUUGGAUGGCCAUAGCCAGCUAGCUAACAUAGCAUCCCUCUCUGUUUGAGCUGUGUGUUUGAGUAUGCUAAAGUAGCUAACUAGCUAGCUAGUAAGUGAAAGUGAAAAAAAAAACACAAUAGCUAGCUCUCUCUUGCAUCUCCUUCAUCUUUUAAGGAAUUAAUUUGUUCAAAACUGUUGAACUAUUGUUUUUCUCUCUUGAGUCACAUACUCACCACAUUUUAUGGACUGCAGUGCUAGCUAGCUGUAUCUUAUGCUUUCAGUACUAGAUUCAUUCUCUGAUCCUUUGAUUGGGUGGACAGCAUGUCAGUUCAUGCUGCAAGUGCUCUGAAGUCUAUGGAAGGGUGUGAGAACCACUAGCCUCCUAGGUUUUGGAUUGAAGUCAAUGUACCCAGAGGAGGAUGGAAACUAGCUGUCCUCCGGUUACACCAUGGUGCUAUGGAGGCUACUGUAGACCUUCAUUGCAAAACAGUGUGUUUUAAUCAAUUAUUUGGUGACGUGAAUAUAUUUAGUUUAACUUUUUUGUUUCACUAUUUACAUUUUUAUGAAAUUCACUGACGAUGGUCCUCCCCUUCCUCCUCUGAGGAGCCUCCACUGAUACACACUCACACACACACUACAUUGACACUCCCACACAAAACCCACACACAUUCACAUACACUACAUACGCACACACACGCAGACCAACACAACACAUACACGCAGACACACACUUUUACACUAAUUUGCUGCUGCUACUCUGUUCUUUAUUUUACUCUUAUUAUUAUCUAUCCUGAUGCCUAGUCACUUUACCAUGCCUUCAUGUACAUACAGCACAUUCGGAAAGUAUUCAGACCCCGUACCAUUUUCCACAUUUUGUUACGUUACAGCCUUAUUCUAAAAUUGAUUAAAUUAUUUUUUUCCUCAUCAAUCUUCACACAAUACCCCAUAAUGACAAAGCAAAAACAGGUUUUUAGACAUUUGAGCAAAUGCAUAAAAAAAAAACAGAAAUACCUUAUUUACAUAAAUAUUCAGACCAUUUGCUAUGAGACUCGAAAUUGAGCUCAGGUGCAUCCUGUUUCCAUUGAUCAUCCUUGAGCUGUUUCUACAACUUGAUUGGAGUCCACCUGUGGUAAAUUCAAUUGAUUGGACAUGAUUUGGAAAGGCACAAACCUGUCUAUAUAAGGUCCCACAGUUGACAGUGCAUGUCAGAGCAAAAACCAAGCCAUGAGGACGAGAUAGGAUUGUGUCGAGGCACAGAUCUGGGGAAGGGUACCAAAAACAUUCUGCAGCAUUGAAGGUCCACAAGACCACAGUGGCCUCCAUCAUUCUUAAAUGGAAGAAGUUUGGAACCACCAAGACUCUUCCUAUACUCUUCCAAACUGAGCAAUCAGGGGAGAAGGGCCUUGGUCAGGGAGGUGACCAAGAACCCGAAGUUCACUCUAACAGAGCUCUAGAGUUCCUAUGUGGAGAUGGGAGAACCUUCCAGAAGGACAACCAUCUCUGCAGCACUCCACCAAUCAGGCCUUUAUGGUAGAGUGGUCAGACGGAAGCCACUCCUCAGUAAAAGGCACAUGACAGCCCGCUUGGAGUUUGCCAAAAGGCACCUAAAGGACUCUAAGACCAUGAGAAACACGAUUCUCUGGUCUGAUGAAACCAAGAUUGAACUCUUUGGCCUGAAUGCCAAGCGUCACGUCUGGAGGAAACCUGGCACCAUCCGUACGGUGAAGCAUGGUGGUGGCAGCAUCAUGCUGUGGGGAUGUUUUUCAGCGGCAGGGACUGGGAGACUAGUCAGGAUCGAGGGAAAGAUGAACUGAGCAAAGUACAGUGAGAUCCUUGAUGAAAACCUGCUCCAGAGCGCUCAGGACCUCAGACUGGGGCGAAGGUACACCUUCCAACAGGACAACGACCCUAAGCACACAGCCAAGACAACGCAGGAGUGGCUUCAGGACAAGUCUCUGAAUGUCCUUGAGUGGCCCAGCCAGAGCCCGGACUUGAACCCAAUCGAACAUCUCUGGAGAGACCUGAAAAUAGCUGUGCAGCAACGCUCCCCAUCCAACCUGACAGAGUUUGAGAGGAUCUGCAGAGAAGAAUGGGAGAAACUCCCCCAAUACAGGUGUGCCAAGCUUGUAACGUCAUACCCAAGAAGACUCGGCUGUAAUCGCUGCCAACGGUACAAAAGUACUGAGUAAAGGUUCUGAAUACUUAAUGUAAAUGUGAUAUUUCAAUUUUUUAUAAAUUAGCAAAAUUUCUAGAAACCUGUUUUUGCUUCGUCAUUAUGGGGUAUUGUGUAUAGAUUGAUGAGGAUUAUUAUUUUUUUAAAUCAAUUUUAGAAUAAGGCUGUAACGUAACAAAAUGUGGAAAAAGUAAAUGGGGCUGAAUACUUUACGAAUGCUCUGUAUCUACCUCAAAUACCUCGUACCGCUGCACAUUGAUCUGGUACUGGUAGUCCCUGUUUAUAGCUCCAUUCUUGUGUAUUUUAUUACUCUUGUGUGACUUUCAUUUUUAUCUUUAAACUCUGCAUUGUUGGGAAGGGCUCGUAAUCAAGCAUUUCACGGUAAAGUCUACACCAGUUGUAUUCGGCGCAUGUGACAAAUAAGAUUUGAUUUGUGAUUUGACCUCUAUCUCACCCCUGUCAUUCGCAGCAUUGCUGGACAAGGAUUACAUGACAAGAAUUGAGAUUUUCCACUGUGCUUCGUGCCAAGUCUACGUCUCUGUACAUCCAUCGUCAUUGCAGGAUCACCUGAGCUCCAAGGACCACCUGAGGAACAAAAUGGUAAGGCAGCCAUUCUCCUGCUACAGCAGAUAUCACACCUCUGAUCAUCAGUGAAUAAUGGAACACAUGAUGUAGCGUUAAAAAGCAAUGGUCACUGAUGUUGUUUUGGAGGUCACGUAAUGUUAGCUGGGAUGCUACUUGAAGUUAGCCAAAUUGGCAGGUUGUUUUUUUAUUUAGAAUUUUGUCUAUCAAUUCUUAAAAGAAGCAAAAAUCAAAGCGAUACAUGAUGCAUUAUUCUUCUUGAAAUCUGUUGUUAUUUUCACUGUGCAACAGACAUGUGGGUGUACUUACUGUUUCAUGUUUUAUGAGUUUACUGUGUUUAUCACUGAAGGAAUUGAGAACGAAACAGUUGAAGGAAAGUGUGAACUUCGCGAAGGCCACCAUGAAACGAAUGAAGAAUGAGUAUGCAAGCUUCCGUGAG